AUGGACGAAGACAACAGACUGCCAUGGAAACGUAUCAAAUGGCACUUCCCAGGACGGAUAGAAGGACCUGUUUUCGAUGGCCGUAUUUGCACACCGGUGGAGAUCCUCCCUCGAAAUGCGACCACAUUCGCGUCGACCCAAAAGGCUUUCUUGAUGACCAUUAAGGGUGCCCGCGAUAAUUACGGUGUCGUCAUCGAUCCGGCUGAUCUGCGCGUGUGUGAAGCCGAGAUCGAAGUCUUAAGAAAGGAUAUAAAAGCUGCUCGGGAUCCGGCGGGCAAGGCCCUAGAGUAUGACCGAGGUGGGACUAUAGAGGAAUUGAGAAAGUCUUGUUUGAAGGAGACUGGGCUUCCUGCACCGAGUCCGCAAUGGGAAUUGGAUCCUUAUGGGCCGCAUAUGCAGAUUCCAUAUGUCAAGGAGCGGUUCCUGCAGAUGAAAGAGGCAAAAGGAUGGAAGUUGCAGUAG